UUGCAUGUAAAUAAUUAAACACAGGAUGUGUAUCUGUAUAUAACUUCAGAUUUUGAAAAAAGUUUCUGGUGAUUAUGUUAUUAAUUUUUUUUCAAAGUGCGUGAUUUAUUCAUUUACGUCGUGAGGUGGAUUUAUCGAGGACAAAUUGAAAAAUUGCAAAAGUAUAUGCGGGAGAACGGCAGUUGAAAGACACAGAGUGGGCUGUAGUGAUCUCCACCCGGCAGAGAAAUUAGUGCGUACACGAAAGGAUUAUUGGAGUAUUUUUCAGUCAAGGAUCAAUUUUUUAAAGUGAAUUUUCGGUCAAGUGUGACUAGUGCCGGAUUUAGUGAUUGUAUUUUAUCCAAAGUUGGAUAGUAUUUUUGUGGAUAAUUUACAGCUGGAUUAAUGUGAAUAAUGCAAAUUUGGAAAUAAUUCAUGUGGAUGAUUUAAAAAGAAAUCUGAAGUCUGUGAUAAUAAUUGAGAGAGAAGUAACUGCUACAGAAGAAUAUUUUUUAAAAUGAAGAGUCUGUGUUUUCUCUAUGUUGUUUCUUCAUUCAUUUUGACAGUAUCAAGUUUCCCCUACGAUACCUGUAUAUGUGAUGCUGGGUCUUACCUGAAGGAGGACUGCGUCCCCGGUGCUAAACCUAAGUGUGAGCAGUGCAGCUUUGGGACAUUUACAGAAAACGCCAAUAAAGAACAACAGUGUACAAUAUGCUCCAUUUGCCCAGUGCAAACGUACGCAGCCCUACCAUGUUCGACCUCUAAAGACACGGUGUGUGUGCCGUGUUCGAAACCACCAGCUAAAAAGUCAGAGUCCUUCCUUCUCAGCUGCGGAGAUGAAUGGGGCGAGCUUAUGCAGAAGGACGAGCCGGUGGGGUUUGGUGAGGGGGAGGACGCCUCGCACCAGACUGAGAAACCUGCAAGUGAUGGGGAGAACCAACAAGAGGAUGGUGCGGGGAAAAACGAAGAAGGGGACUCGGGAACUGAGGAAGGGGGAACCAGCAAAUCUGAUGACUCUGAAAAACAUGAUGGAGAUAAACAUGAAGCUGCUGCAGGAGGGAAACCUGUUGAUGGAACUGUAAAGUCUGACGCUGAUGGUGAAAAGCAGGGUGCUAAUGACGCUGAGAAACAAAAUGCGGAUGACGCAGAGAAGCAAAAUGGUGAUGACGCAGAAAAAACAGAAGUUGGUGACGCAGAAAAACCAGGUGAUGAUGAAGCAGAAAAACCAGGUGCUGGUGACGCAGACAAACCCGAAGUUGGUGACGCAGAAAAACCAGAAGUCGGUGACGCAGAAAAACCAGAAGUCGGUGACGCAGAAAAACCAGAUGUUAUUGACAUAGGAAAGCAAGAUGAUGAUGACGCAGAAAAACCAGAUGCUGGUGACGCAGAAAAACAAGAUGCUGGUGACGCAGAAAAACAAGAUGCUGGUGACGCAGAAAAACCAGAUGCUGGUGACGCAGAAAAACCAGAUGCUGGUGACGCAGAAAAACAAGUUGACGAUGACGCAGGAAAGCAAGAUGAUAAUGACGCAGGAAAGCCAGAAGUUGACUCAGAAAAACAAGGUGAUGAUGACGCAGAAAAAACGAAUGCUGAUGACGCAGACAAACCCGAAGUUGGUGACGCAGAAAAGUCAGGGGUUGGUGACGCAGAAAAGCAGGAAACCAGCGAUGACGAAAAAGAUUUAGAUGACGCGAAGGCAAAUACUGAUCUAACAAACACAAAUUCUAAUGACAAAUCCCACGCUGAGUCCACCACAACGAACCCUGAUAAAACAGAUGACAAAGACAGCUCUAACACUGUGGCCGAAGAAGCAGCCAAUGACAACAAAGAUCCCGAGGCAAGUGAAAAUUUAGUAGAUACAGAGAUGGACAAAGACACCGCCCACAAAACAACUGAAUCUCCAGCUCCUCUUGGGAUGGUGGACGGAGAUGAAGAAGGCGAUGUGGAAUUAAUACCAGAAGUUGGAAAGGUAUUAGAAAGUCAGGACGGCGAGGACACGAAGACAACAACAACCGCUUCCAGUGAAGAUGAAAAGUCUUCGACAACUACAGUCAGCAGUCAGGUCGAGGAAACACAUUUAAAAGAUGCAGACACCAAAGAAGAUACCACCGCUGGUCCAGAAGGUGGGGAAGCUGUGGUGGUAGCAACGGAGCAGACGACUACACCAAAAGAAACGGAAAGCUCUACCGCAGAGGAACAUGCAGGAGCAGACGCCGGAGUAUUACAUGAGCAUGAACCCAACCUUAGCACUGCAGCCCCUGCUUCAGAUGACUCAACCCCAACCACAUCUCCUGACGUUGAUUCCGUCACAUCCUCUACCGCCACAGAAGAAAACGCCCCAGCUUCUGCAGACGUCACAUCCACUCCCUCACCAGACGACACAACAACUGAAGGUGAAUCUGAAGUUCACAUUGGCCUCCCUGCAGCAGCAGAAACAACAGCAGAACCACCUUCCAGCACCACAACGGAACCAGGUGCCACUGACAACCCGCUAGAAACAACUACACCAGAGGCGGAAACAACGGUGGCGGAGACGACAGAACCAGUUGAAGCUGUUGUACAAGAGCUAGAAAAAACAACCCCAAGCCCUGACACUACAACCGGAAGUGAAGCGGUCGACAUCGGACGUCUACAUACAGCCGACAAUGCUACUGAUUUAGAUACGACGGCCCAGCCGGAUACUGACACCAGUACUCAUAGUGCUGAGAAUUCAACCGAAACUGAGUUACCACUAGCAGCUGGUGUGCACGAGCUGGACCACGUGACCACAGCUAAUCCAGAGAACACAACAGACUCGAAUGAUACUUUCAUGGUUGGCAGUAAAAUUGGUGCAGCGAUUGAAGAGAGUACGACUGAGCCGCCGUCAACGGGUGAUUACGAUACAACAACCAUAGCUCCCUCCACUGAAACGCCAUCUGUUGCCUCCUCGACUGAAGCGCCAUCUGUUGCCCCCUCGACUGAAGAGACAUCUACAGUGACUGGGCCGCCAGUGAGCGAUAACUCCGCGGACAAUGAAUACACAGUUGAAGUAGUUGUCAUUCCAAGCACAACACAGAAAUACAUACACUUGUUUGAUCUUGAGUCGACAUCGGAUUCAGGGUCAGGUCAAGGAUCUUUUGUUGUUAGGAACAGAAGCAGGAUCGAUCACGAUGACACUACAGUGGCUCCCCCUGCAGCCGAAGAAUCUACCUCGUCUCCAUCAGUCGCAGGCUCGCUGGGCAAGGAAAAAGAAGAUGAAGAGGCGGGCAGAAAGCGGACAGCCAUCAUUGUUGGAGUCAGCGUUGGAGGCGUGGCUCUUUUCGCGCUUUCACUUUUCGUCGCCAGAAAGUAUUGCAGGAAAAGAAAGCAAUACAAAGGCAUGAAGAAAGUGGACAAAAAUGUCAAUGGUGACGAAAAGAUAGAAUUCAGACCUCUGCCCACCAGCGAUAUAUACGAAGAACCAAUCGUGGCCAAGCGAACCAAUGGCAUGUACGCGCAGGGGCCGAGCAAAAACACCGCUGCACAAUCGCCCAUCUACCGGAAGAAGGAGGAAAGUGUUGAGCCUGAAGACGUGUAUGCUGUGCCGAACAAAAUCAAGGGAGGGAAGUUAGAAGUGCCCUUGAUACCAGAAGAGCAGGGCCUGUCUGAGUCACCUUCUGCUAAUGGUUCUGAUGGGUCAGUCAGUCCAAAUUUAGAACCAUCGUCUGCGAGUCAGCACAGGAAGUCUCAUCAAGCUAGCAGGAUCCCCGUGAGAGUCGAUGCAACAAAAUCAGCAGCCACUUUGCCGCUGCAGUCAACCCAUCAAAAGCCACUUAUGAAAAAUCAUAAAGAGAAAAUCAAGUACAUUGAUGACUCUACAGAUGAUGAAGGAUUCAGUUCAGUGAGAGAAAAGCUGCUGCCUGCAAAAUCCACUGUCCCAAAUCUGAGUUAUGUUGCUGAGGAAACACCCCCUGCAACACCUGCAGUUACACAGUCACCACCCCUAACUCCCCCAAGCUUCAAAGCCAAUGGAAAUGGGACACCUCAUAGUCAUUCCAAUGGCACUAGCCCCCAAAAUGCGAACAGGUCUGUUUCUACAAGUAGCCAGGGAUCUUUUACAACUGACUUGUUGAAUUCACUACCCAAACAGACAGACCAGAACCAUGAUAGCAAAAGUGAUAACAAGGGCCAGCACAGAAGACCUGUUUACACAGAUGAGGACAUAGAGUGCUAGUAGCAUACAGUGGUGUUAUAAUCUCAGUUCCUUCUUCAGCUUUUUCUUUCUUUUUAUCACAUUAUACACUACAUCAUCAUUUAAACAAAAAAACUCACAUAAAACAUAUAAGACCAUUUAUUUCAUACAACUAUCAACUGGUUUGAACUGUGUACAACUUGAGGGUCCCUAUGAGGACAGUGUUUGAAAAGAAAAUACCAAGUAGGAAUUUUAAAAAAUGUUUGCAUUUGUAAUUAACCAUUAUCAAAUUGCUUGUCCCAUUUCGGUAUACGGAUGUUUUGCUUGUUGUUAUAGUGCUUCUAUUGCAUAAUCAAAGAAUUUUCUUUCAAAUAGAAUUUCUUUAUAAAAACAAACAUAUGAAUUAUAUAUGCAAGACUUAGGUUCUAGUUGUGGUAAAUUUACUAAUUUAGAACAGUUUCAUAAAAUUUAUUUUGUUCAUGUAAUUAUUAUCAAUUAUUAAUUUUGAAGAAAAAAAUCUGCUGUGCUUCCAUUGUGUCAAUCAAAACAAAUUAUUGCUAUCAAAUCAUUAUUUUCUUCAAAACAAGUUUGAAUGUGAAUAUUUAUUAAUUACUAUUUAAUUUCUGCUUACUUGCUAAAAUAGAGGCUAACUGUAUUACAAAGUUUUUAUAACAUAGAACAUAAUAUAUUAUCUCUAAUUUUAAUCUUUUUAUUUAUUUAAUACAUAAUUCUUCAUUAGUUUUAUUCCUCAUAAUGUUUUUUAAUUUAAAAAAAUAUACAAAACGUAGCUUUUUAAAAAAAAUAUUUGUUUUAUUGAAAUAAUAUUGGAAAUAAUUGUUUUAGUAAAAGAGUUGUUAAUUAUUUUUUGUUUGUUUGGAGAUGCUAAUCUUUAUGUGAUUUAUUCAUCAACUUCACUAUUGCCAAUGAAAUGUAUCAUACCCAUAUCUAGUCAUAUCAUAGUCAUUUAAUUCAUUACAAGAUUUAAUCUAUAGUCUGGAUUGGCUUGUUUGUGACUUGCCAGCUGUACAAGAUAUUUGAGAUAGUUGCUAGGUUUCAUUUAUAAUAUAAAAUUGAAACUUAAUAAUUUAAAAAAUUGAGAACAUUUUUGUAUCCCAAAUUUUGUUAUAAUAUACUGAAUUGUUUUUUUUCCACAUAUUUGUAAACAUGGUUUUGUUAAAAAUAUUUUUUUUUUAAAUUGCUUACAUUUUUAUUUAUCGACCAAACAUGUUUUGUUUAUUCAACUUCAACAUCUAAUAGUUUGCAAAAGCAUUGCAUUGAUGUUAAAUCAAAUAUGCUAAACGUUUUUUUUACUUGCUGCUUCAUGUCUCAAAUGCCUUAUUGUUGAAAAUUCAUUGUAAUGUUGCAUAAUAAAAAUGUAGGCCAAGUAUUAAAUACUGAAAAUUUUAAUGCUAAAUAUUUUCUGCAAUACAACUUAAACAUUUUUUUUAUAUGACAGUUAUUUUAAAAAUUAGAUAGGUAGUGAUUUUUUUUGGUGAAAAAAAAAAUCAUGCUUUUUAACAGUUUUCAUUUAUUUAUUUGAUGAAAAAAACAAUUGUUAGCAUAAAAUUAUAAAAUAAGUAUUUUGUUUUUAAAUUUUAAAAUCUAUCUAAAAAAAAAAAACCCUAGCAGCUAUCAUUUUUACCACCUGCCUGGAUUGUCUUUCAAAUAGUAAGUUCAUCUUUUCUUAAUUUAAUAAAAACCAUUUUUAGCUAUUGGCCUUUGUUUACUACUGUCUUUGUAAAGAAAUGUUAUACAAAAAUUACCAUGGGAAAUUGUUCUUAAUUCUACUUGUAGCAUUACAAUUAUUUAAUUAAAAUAUGCCAUACAUGCACUUUUGCUUAAAAUGCAUGUACUUUUGUAGUGUUACUAAAAUAUAUAUUCUAAGGGACCAGUAUUUUUUAUAAAUUAUAUUUUUAAAGAGCUAAUAAUCUACACACUUAAUGUUUAUGACAAAAAUGGAGUCAUAUACACAUUAUAUUUUAUAUGCAUGGUUGAAAAUUAAUCUUUAUACAGCCACUGCUUGGAAAGAAUUUAGCUGAGACCGACCACAAUUU